GGCAGGUGCCCGUUCUGCAUUUAUUCCACCAACCGCCCCGCUGCCAUGGAGUGCCACCUCAAGACCCACUACAAGAUGGAGUACAAGUGCCGGAUCUGCCAGACGGUGAAGGCCAACCAGCUGGAGCUGGAGACGCACACCCGGGAGCAUCGCCUCGGCAACCACUACAAGUGCGACCAGUGCGGCUACCUGUCCAAGACCGCCAACAAGCUCAUCGAGCACGUGCGCGUCCACACCGGCGAGAGGCCCUUCCACUGUGACCAGUGCAGCUACAGCUGCAAGCGCAAGGACAAUCUCAACCUGCACAAGAAGCUGAAGCACGCGCCCCGCCAGACCUUCAGCUGCGAAGAGUGCCUGUUCAAGACCACACACCCUUUCGUCUUCAGCCGCCACGUCAAGAAGCACCAGAGUGGGGACUGUCCCGAGGAGGACAGGAAGGGCCUGGGCCCAGCGACCCCCAAGGAGCCAGCCGGCCCCGGGGCCCCGCUCCUCGUCGUCGGGAGCCCCCGGAAUCUCCUGUCGCCCCUGUCAGUCAUGUCCGCCUCCCAGGCUCUGCAGACCGUGGCCCUGUCGGCCGCGCACGGCAGCAGCUCCGAGCCCAACCUGGCACUCAAGGCUCUGGCCCUCAACGGCUCCCCUUUGCGCUUUGACAAGUACCGGAACUCGGAUUUUGCCCAUCUCAUUCCCUUGACAAUGUUGUACCCCAAGAACCACUUGGAUCUCACAUUCCGCCCUCCCCGACCUCAGACUGCGCCUCCCAGCAUCCCGUCACCCAAACACUCCUUCCUCGCCUAUCUCGGACUAAGAGAACGAGCAGAGACUGUCUGAGGGCAGCCGUGUUCUGUACCAAAAACAAAGAGACAAAGACAAAAAACAAAAACAGAAACAAACAAAACCCCACAAAACUUAAACACAACCCCAGCAGGUGUACAUUGCUGCAAAACCUACAGACCCCCGGGGUCUGAACCACGUGUACUGUAUAUCUUUAGUAAGGAAUAGAGAAUUGGCUCUGUGUGUAUACCUAUUGCAUUGACCUGAAAGCUGCUUUAUCCAAUCUUCAGAGAGGUGACCUACUGCAUACUUCUACCUUCAGAGGCAUGCCUCCCCACCACCCACUCCCACUCUCAGCCUUCUCCGUACUUUUAUCUGAAAGGAAUUUUGUCUUGUUAAACCCUGAAGAGAGUGUCCUUA